AUGCUAAACGAUAUUAUAUUUCAAGUUAUUAUUGCUUCUUUUGGAGUUACAAUAGUCAACAGCGAUAAAAUAAAAUUUCUUCAAAAGUUCAGAUAUGCCAUCUACGUUUUAAUUUUGUCCUUUUUGCUAUACAAGGGAAUACCCUGGAAGAGGGAAAAUUUCUACACCUACUUGAAUAUCACGCCCAAUGCAACGAAGCAGGAAAUACAGACCGCCUACAGGCAGGCGGCGAAAAUAUAUCACCCCGACAAAAACCCGGACGAGUCGGCCGACUCCUCAUUUAUAAAGUUAAAACAGGCAUACGACAUCUUGACUGACGACAUGAGGAGGAGCAACUACAACCGCUUCGGGGAUUACAAGAAUGGUAACGUCUGCGGGUUGAUGCUUUUAGCCAUCAGUCGUGAAGUUGACGACAAUACAGCCACAUUGCUGAUAUGCCUUUCGUUGGUCCAGCACACCAUGUUUUUCAUCAUAGGAUAUUUUUUAUCGUAUCCACGCAAAUUGAUGUUCGCAAGACAAAUAUUUCUGGUGUACAACAUAGCUAGCUUCUGCUUCGAACUACAGUUCCGAUUUAUCGAAGACGACACGACAUUCGACUGGCUACCCUCGAUAGGAUAUCUACUGCCAUAUGAGAAAAUAAAAUUACUUAGGAUGUUAUUCCCCAUCGUUUUUUUUAUCAGCAUAUGUUCCUCAGCGUACACGUACACAGACAGGAAUGCUACGUUGAUUUAUUUAAUGCGAUCCAUUUUGGCGACCAACAGAAUCGUUUUCGAAAGAUCAAAUGACGUCAUUGAGUCGACUAACUAUUUAAAGAAAAAUGGAGAACAGCUGGUUUCCAAGUUACAGGAAAUGAGGAAAGCUGUUGAAGAUGGCAAAUCUGCGCAGGCAAAAAUAAAAGACGAGGAACAGAAGGACGAAAGGGAGUGCUUGGAAGAUGGUAAAAAAGACCCCAAGGACCAAAAUAAUACAGACGAUAAGCUGCGCGAAAAUGUGAAGGAGUUUGCCUUAACCCUCGAUUCGCACCAAAUGGGUUUACUUGAAAAGUGCUUUGAACUCAUGAAGAAUAAGAACACCAAGGACAAGAAGAACCAGAAGAAGUCCUGGUUCGAGUUCUUCUCCAUGCAGAUGAUCUUCGGCAUUAUAUUCGUGUACAUCUGGCUCACCACG